ACAACAACAGGGAGAAUGAGGCAGCCGCCUUUACUUUGCACACCACCUGCCCUCCAAACACCAUGGGGAAGGGAUGGAUCUGGGGGGCACCCAGCCUCUCUCUGCUGCUGCUGGUGACUCUCCUUCCUAGGACUUCCUUGGCUUCUAACAUUGAACCGCAAUACUUGGUCCUGGUGCCCUCUGUGAUCCACACGGAGACCACUGAGAAUGUUUGUGUCCACAUGAACCAUUUGAACGAGACAGUGAUCUUGAGCAUCACUAUGGAAUAUGAGGGGCAGGACACAUGCUUGAUUGAAGAUGUAGUGGCUGAGAAGGAUGUCUUCCGAUGUGUUUCCUUCCAGCUUCCCAGGUUGAACAGUUCUUCAAGCCAUUCCUCAUGGUCAAUCAGUCCUAGAGACCUUCCCAAGGUUGCUGUCAUGGUGACAAUGAAAUGGCAACAGUUCAGCAUGAUACAGAAAGAAACAGUCUCUGUCAGGAACCGGAAAGACCUAAUUUUUAUUCAGACAGACAAGCCCAUCUACAAGGCAAAACAGAAGGUUCGGUUUCGCGUUGUCACUCUGAAUGAGGACUUUGGCCUUGUGAAAAAGAAGAUUCCUUUAAUUUACAUCCAGGACCCCAAGAGGAACCGUCUGUUCCAGUGGAACAAUUUUGACCUUGAGAAGGGCAUCACCCAGCUGUCUUUCCCUCUGUCUUCUGAGCCCGCCUUAGGCACCUACAAAUUGGUGGUAGAAGAAUCCUCUGAGAAUAUCAUUGAGCGCAAGUUUGAUGUGGACGAAUAUGUUUUACCCAAAUUUGAAGUUUUGAUGACGGCACCAAAGCAAAUCUCAAUUCUAGCCACGGAAUUUGAAGUGACCGUUUGUGGGAGGUACACCUAUGGGAAACCUGUCCCUGGCCUGGUGAAAAUGAACGUCUGCCGUCUUUAUGUCCAGCAUUAUUCCCAGUGUCCCAAGGAAGAGUUGAGUGUGUGUGAAGAGUACAGUGGAGAGGCAGAUGGGCACGGAUGUUUCUCCCAGGUGGUAAAAACCAAGGUGUUUCAUCUGAAGCAAAAGGGUUUCCACAUGAACAUUAAGGCAGAAGGCAAGAUCACUGAAGAAGGCACAGGUGUGGAAAUGACAGGGGUGAGCACCAUCAGCAUCACUUCGACAGUCAGCAAGCUGAGGUUUGAAAAAGCAGAACGUCAUUACAAACCUGGAAUCCCCCUUUUCCUGCAGAUGAAACUGGUGGAUGGUACUGAUGUGCCAAUUGCCAGUGAGACCAUUGAGGUUACAGGACCUUCAGUGAACUAUAAAGCCAGCUAUACAACCAAUGAGGAAGGACAAAUACAGUUUUCCAUAGAUACAUCUAAUUUCACAGAGGCAUCCAUCAAUUUGCAGGGAGUUUAUAAAAAAACCACCUGGUGUGAUCUGAACUGGGUCACUUCCAGUCACCAAAGUGCCUCGCACUCAGUGUACCGAUUUUACUCACCAAGUCAAAGUUACCUCCACAUUGAGCCUCUGCAAAAGACAUUAAGCUGUGGCCACACGGAGCAGGUUCGAGUGCAUUUUAUCCUGGAUCGAGAUGCUGUGAAGGAGAAGGAAAUUAUCUUUUAUUAUUUGAUGAUGGCUAAGGGGGACAUCAUACGAGCAGGGACACACACGCAGCCAGCAGAGCAGGGAAAAGAAGCCAAAGGGGCCUUCCUUUUGAAUCUCUCGGUGGAUGCUGAUACUGCUCCCCUGACUCGCUUGCUCCUCUACACCAUUUUGCCCAGUGGAGAACUUGUUGCUCACUCAAGAGACUUCCCCGUAGAAAAGUGCUUCUCCAACAAGGUGAGACUGUGGUUCUCAGAUCAAGAAGGCCUCCCUGGCCAGAAAACCCAACUCCAUCUUGCAGCCUCCUCUGGUUCUCUCUGCGCCAUCCAUGCCAUUGACAAGAGUGUCUUUCUCUUGAAACCUGAAGCUGAGCUCUCCCCUGAGACGAUCUAUAACUUGCUCCCUGGGACAACGCCCCAAGACUAUUUCUAUGGAGGAUACUUGUGGGGCGAAAGAGACAGGAGGCCAUGCAUCAGGAUGAAUAAAAUUGAGGUGGAUGGUAUCCGUUACCGUGCUGUUCCUUUUUCUUAUGAGGAAGAUGACGUUUCCAGAAUUCUCAAGGACUUGGGGUUAAAAGUUUUUACUAACUCUAAAAUACGCAAGCCUAAUAUUUGUCCAGAAAUCCAGCCCUACGGAUACUAUCAUUAUGAUUCGUUACCUCCAGGAAUGGCAGGUGCCCCAGGACCGGUGGCAUACAGUUUACUUUCUCCCUCACCUGACAUCCUUCCUGUUACCGUGUCUGAGACUGUCAGAAAGAACUUUUUCGAAACGUGGCUAUGGGCUGAGGUAGUAAUAACGGAUUCAGGCAAAAAUGGGGACACCCACCGCCAUCAAUCCAGUAGCAAGCAUGAUGUAUCUGAAGAAUCCAGAGAGAUGGCUGUUCCUGUCACCAUCCCAGACACCAUCACUGAAUGGAAAGCUGGAGCUUUCUGUCUGUCGGCAGACACAGGCUUUGGCCUGGCCCAGCCCAUUUCUCUGAAGGCCUUCCAGCCGUUCUUCACUGAACUCACCAUGCCAUACUCCGUGGUGCGAGGGGAAGCCUUCCCACUCAAAGCCACCGUCUUCUCCUACCUGACGCACUGCAUCCGGGUCACAAUAUCUCUGGCUCCUUCUGCUGACUUUGAGGCGACCCCUGUAGAGAAGGAGGAAGAAUCUUACUGUAUCUGUGCAAAUGGAAGGAAAACAGUGUCCUGGAUGGUGACCCCCAAAUUUCUAGGUGAAGUGAAUUUCACGGCAAGUGCCGAGGCCCUGAGCUCAGAUCAGCUCUGUGGGAACGAAGUGGUGGAGGUCCCCAGCAAAGGACAGAAAGAUGUUGUGAUCAAAACACUUUUAGUUGAGCCUGAAGGGAUCGAGAAGGAGGUGGUCUUCAACUCACUUCUCUGUACACAUGGAGACCCAGAGUCGGUACCUCUUUCUUUGAAGGUGCCAGAAAAAGUUGUGGAAGGCUCUGCCAGGGCAACCUUUUGUGUGCUUGGAGACAUUCUAGGGGGAGCAAUAAAGAACCUCCAUCAGCUUCUCAAGAUGCCCUACGGCUGUGGAGAACAGAACAUGGCCCUCUUUGCCCCCAAUAUCUACAUCCUGAACUAUCUCAAUAAGACUGGACAACUGACCGAGGAGAUCAAAUCCAAGGCCAUCGGAUACUUAGUGGCUGGCUAUCAGAGGCAACUGAACUACAAGCAUUCCGAUGGUUCCUACAGCACCUUUGGAGAAAGUAGCCUAAAGCCAGGGAAUACCUGGUUGACAGCUUUUGUGCUGAAGUCUUUCGCUCAGGCACGGUCCAUGAUCCAUGUGGAACAAAGACAUAUCACGGAUGCUCAGACUUCACUGGCAAUCAUGCAGUUAGAAAAUGGUUGCUUCCGAAGCACAGGGUCUCUCCUGAACAAUGCUCUACAGGGUGGGGUUGAUGACCAGAUUACUCUUUCAUCCUACAUCACCAUAGCUCUGCUGGAAACCCAUCUGCCUGUCACGCACACUUUGGUACGAAAUGCUUUGUUCUGCCUGGAGACGGCAGCCCAGGAGAAAGAGGUCCCUGUUUACACCCGGGCUCUGAUGGCGUACGCCUUUGCUCUGGCGGGGAAAGAGGAGAAGAGGCAAGAAAUGUUGGACUUCCUUCAAAAAGUAGCCGUGAAGGAAGAGGAUGGUUCCAUCCACUGGGAGAGGCCUGGGAAGCAAAAGAAGACAUUGGAUCUUCCAUACUACUACCCUCAGGCUCCCUCUGCUGAGGUAGAGAUGACUUCCUACGCGCUCCUUGCUUGCCUGAAGAAAAAACCAUCCCCAUCCCAGGAAGAAUUAAUGACAGCAGCUUUGACUGUCAGAUGGUUGAUUAAGCAACAGAAUCCCAGUGGAGGAUUCUCUUCUACCCAGGACACGGUGGUGGCUCUCCAGGCCCUCUGCCAGUACAGGAUAGCCACUUAUUCCAAGGAUGGAGUUGACGCCAGAGUGGCCUUGAGUUCUGGAGGUGCCACCCUGAUGGAAUUCCACGUAGACAGCACCAACUCUCUGCUGCUCCAGUGCCAGGAUCUGCCCCAAGUGCCAGGGGACUACAAGGCUGAGGUGACCGGUUGCAUCUUCACGCAGACCAGCUUGAGGUACAACAUCCAACCACAUGAGGAGGAGGCACCAUUUAAGUUGCUUGUGCAGACGGUUCCUGAAACUUGCACCGGACCUAAAGCCCACAAGACCUUUGACAUUGCUAUCAACGUCAGUUAUACUGGCCAACGCCUGGUCUCCAACAUGGCAAUUAUCGAGAUUAAGAUGCUGUCCGGAUACAUCCCAGUAAAAUCAACCAUAAAGUUGCUGGAAAGAUUCCUUCAUGUCCAGCGGACUGAAAUCAAAACCACCCAUGUCCUCCUGUACUUGGACCAGGUCAGCAAUCUGAUCCAGAGUUACUCCUUUGCGGUGGAGCUGGAAACUCCUGUCCAGGGUCUGAAGCCUGCAUUGGUGAAAGUCUACGAUUAUUAUGAAACUGAUGAUUUAGCCAUCUCAGAGUACAUCGCUCCCUGCAGCACAGCAGAAGAUGCCAAAAAAAUCCAUUAAGCAAGAAGAAUCCCCAGCCCAAACCACAAGUUGUUAAUCUAGAGACCGAGGAAGAAAACCAAGGAAGAAUCAACCAAGUGUGAUUCCCCGACCAUUUUUUUUGAAAAAAAACUCCACAUGCAUGCGCCUGCCUUACCCUGUCUUCUAGAAGACUUGCUACUUACCUUUUCAGUAAUUGUGGCAACAGAAGACUGGGGUGCAAACCACCACAGGAGAGCCAGAACAGAUUUUUUUUUUUCCUUUCUCCCAUCAUUGGAUGAAAUAAAACAAGGUUUUUCUAUUCCA